GAAGUUUGGCGGCAAAUUCCAGCUUUGAAUGUUUUAACUUCUUUUGAUUUUGAAAAACGAAGACGACCAGGAAAAACCAUGACAGCUAAAAAUAUAGAAUUAUUGAAUCAAAUAUACGAAGAAGUAAAAUCUUUAAAGACUUGGUUGACAGAAGUCUUUGGCCCUGAUUCUUGUGUGAUGAAAAAAUUAUUGGAGAAUGCAUCAGAUAGGUUUCAAACCUUCCUGGAGGAUACAAUUGUUGCCAGACCGCAUGGUUGCCGAAAGCUGACAUGGCCACAUCCUUGUCAUUCAGUCUAUACACAGGAUGAGAUCCUUCAGUUUGUAAUCGACAAAUUCAAAAACCAGACUAGCCGCCUACGAAAUGUUCUCACACUUGGAUUCAAAGCGCCGUCUUUUUGCAGCACCAACACACAGUCAAGCGCUCAUCUCAGUGUAGAUUAUUCCUUCCCCAAUUUCAUGGUCAACCAACUCAAGUCGCCCAAAUGGACUCAUCUGUUGUCAGUCAUUGGUGACGAAGUGAUGCAGAUUUUAUUAGAAAAGUAUGCAUUGUUCAUGAUAAUGAAGCCAUCAACUUGGCUUCAGUUGACGGGGACAGUUAUAUAUGAUCUCAUCACUCCAUAUUCUCGAUCACCCUCAAAAAAUUCCUCAGAUAUGUUCAAGGGAGUCAGAGUAAACAAAAGGACCAGUCCAUUUGUUCACCCUUCAGACGUAGUACCUAGGAAGAAAGCCAGGCUCACUGCUGACCAGUCUCUCGAACCUGAUUUGACUAACACAGGGUUAAAGAAGUCUGCAAAAAUUAAUCCUCUUACAAGCUACCAACCAAACAGUGAAUCAGUUGUCCUUUCGUCAUUGCCAUCGUCAACGUCAUUGCCAUUGUCAUCGUCAAUGCCAUCAUCGUCGUCAACGUCAUUGCCAUUGUCAUCGUCAAUACCAUCGUCAACGUCAUUGUCAUCGUCAAUGCCAUCAUCAUCGUCAACGUCAUUAUCAUCGUCAAUGCCAUCAUCAUCGUCAAUGCCAUCACCAUCGUCAACGUCAUUGCCAUUGUCAUCGUCAAUGCCAUCAUCAUCGUCAAUGCCAUCACCAUCGUCAACAUCAUUGCCAUUGUCAUCGUCAAUGCCAUCAUCAUCAUCAAUGCCAUCACCGUCAACGUCAUUGCCAUUGUCAUCGUCAAUGCCAUCAUCAUCAUCAAUGCCAUCACCGUCAACGUCAUUGUCAUCGUCAAUGCCAUCAUCAUCGUCAAUGCCAUCAUCGUCAAUGCCAUCAUCAUCGUCAAUACCAUCACCAUCAUCAACGUCAUUGCCAUCGUCAACGUCAUUGCCAUCAUCAUCGUCAAUGCCAUCACCAUCGUCAACGUCAUUGCCAUUGUCAUCGUCAAUGCCAUCAUCAUCGUCAAUAUCAAUGCCAUCAUCAUUGAAUAAUAUGAAUAGCAACGGAAAGCCAUUGGAUCAGCCAAGCAGUACAGUUGAUGGUUGUGGGUUGUCGAGCGUGACGGCUAAUGAUCACCGUGGCAAAGUGUCAAAGACCAUCAAGAGAACCAGGAGGGGCAAAAGGAACUGUUCAAGUAUUAUUUCCCGCUGUCCACUGUUGAAUCUCGAGUUCAAUCCUUAUUGUUACAGCCAAACCAUUUCACAUUUCUCAAUCAUGUACUGCAAAAAUAUGUCUCAGAAGCCAUUCAAAAACAAUACACCUUUUGGUUGCCAAGGUGACGGCCUAUCUAAUAUUACAGCCCUUCUGUUCAGCGAUAUCUUUGAAAGAACAUCCGUAGGUGCAAGCAAAAAGAGUGAAGUGUCAUUAUACUGUAACAGGAGCCAUUCAGUGGCUCCCGGGAGUUCUUGUGCAACACCAGGCAGACAGGUUGUGGCCUGCCAUUCUCAGUACAAUGAAAAAGAAGUACCAGUAGCAGUAGACAAAAUGACCAGUACAGUGUCAUAUUCUGAAUGUCCUAAGUGUCAAUUGAAGGAAUUUGUAAUGACCAAAGUGAAGCCGUUAUUAGAGAAAAUGGUCAACAACCAUCGAAAAUGUUAUUACUUGAAGAUUUUGGACCAUUAUUGUGCCAUAAAUACAGAAAAUGCUAAAUCCCUCAACAUUAAUACACAUUUGAAUAAGAAAAAAAGUCAUCCAAGUGCACCGCAUCGAAAGGUGGGAAGUAUUGACACACAUCACAAGCUUUCUAACAAAAAAUCAUGCCAUCUACGCAACACUCCAACCAUCGGAAAAUUACUUAGUGAUGUUGUGUCCCAGCAACAGGUAUAUAUUUUCCUCAAAUUGUGUGUCAGACAUUUGGUUCCUGCUGAAUUGUUUGGAUCAAGUCACAACCGAAACCUUUUCUUCAAACAUAUUAAAAGAUUUGUGUUCUUGGGAAAAUAUGAAAAACUCUCUGUUGGAGAAAUUAUGGAUGGAAUGAAGACUUCAUGUUGUGCCUGGUUGAAGAAAAUACCAUCCCAGUCUUGGAGAAGUAUGUUCCUCGCCCAACUUAUCACCUGGCUUUUCAACAAGAUUAUACUCAUAUUGAUAAAGGACUGUUUCUACGUCACAGACAGCAGUCGUUUCCGCAAUCGGUUGUUUUACUACAGGAAACCUGUCUGGUCAUGUGUGAGGAAGCAAGCCAUCAAGGACUUGAUUUCUUCAGAAAUGAUGUCACCUAUAAAACAGGUGUGUGCCAAUGAAAUGAUUAAAGAGGGUAGCAGUCUGGGUAUAUCUACCUUAAGAUUCCUACCCAAAGGUCAGUCAAUACGAACAAUCGCAAAUAUGAAUUGGAGAGCUACACCAAAUAAAAAUCAGCCCACCGUCAAAAAGCAACUCUCUGCUUUGUUUUGUGUCCUCAACUCUCUCAAGGACCUUUAUCCAUCUUUCAUUGGCUGUUCAGUGUUUGGUGUUGAUGAUAUUUACCAGAAAUGGCGCCAGUUCUUGAAAACCAGGAAUGACAACAAAGAUGAAAGGUGUUUAUAUUUCGUUAAAGUGGAUAUAAAAAAGUGUUUUGAUUCUAUCAAACAUGAUGUUUUGAUGGAGAUACUUACAGAUGCCAUAAAGAAGGAUUCUGGUAAUUUCAUUCUUCGCAAAUAUGCUAUGGUGUAUUUAGCAAAUAAAAGGCCAAGGCGUAAAUUUCUAAUGAGUGCCCAAGAUUUAAACCAUUGUAUCCUUGACUUCAGGAAGUUCAUCUGCUCCGAGAUGAUGACGAGUAAAUUCCAUGAUGUCAUCCUAACAGAUAAAGUUGAAUAUGAUUACUUGCAGGCAACUGAUCUACUGUCACAACUCUACAAUCAUGUCGCCAGAAACAUUGUUAAGAUCAAUUCCAGAUAUUACUUGCAGAAAGUAGGUAUCAGCCAAGGUUCCAUUCUGUCAAUACUGCUGUGCAGUUUCUAUUAUGGACACAUGGAGAGAAGCCUGUUAGAAGUGAAAGGCGAUGAACUGAUGAUGCGGUUGGUAGAUGACUACUUAUUUGUCACACCAGACAAGACAAGAGCAGUGAACUUCCUUGAGACAUUCCUCACUGGUAUCUGCCAGUAUAACUGUUACAUUCAGCGGGACAAACUCUCCAUCAAUUUCUACUAUAAUCAUCUGCACCAUGGUUGGAUACCGAAUCUUGAACAGACAGAUAUGAUGCCAUAUUGUGGUUUGCUGAUUAAUAUGACAUCUCUUGAGAUUACGAAGGAUUAUUCCAGAUACUGUGGAAUCUCUAUUUCGGACACUGUUUCCACUGACCUUUCACAUCAUCCUGGAGUCAGUUUACAAGAAUGCUUACUCAGGUUCUUGAAACCAAAAUGUCAGCUUAUAUUUGUGGACAGUGAGAUCAAUACUCUUGGAACAAUUAUAGACAAUGUCUUUAAUUUCUUCUACCUGAUUGCUUGCCGAUUCCAUACUCACGUAUGCAGACUCCCCUCUACCAAACGUGUGGCAGCAAAUCAAAAUUUCUUCUUCGAAUGUAUUGAAGAAAUUGCUGACUAUUUCAAUCAACAAACUCAUUUCUACAUGAAAAAGAUGAAUGGCGCAAACAGUUACCCACUGAACAAAGUGGAGAAUAAAUGGUUGUGCUUCAUGGCGUUCGAUAUUAAACUGUCCUGCCAUUGCAGUCAAUAUCACAAACUUCGUAAGAUGCUGCAGAUGUACUUUACUCGGACAAAACUCCUCCUGAGUGAGCAGCGAUACAACCUGUUUAUGGAAGUGAAGGAAUCUGGUGUUUCGGAUCAUUUCAAGAACGUCUUAGACUGAGACACCGAGGAACUUUCCAGAAUAUCUAUAAAUGUACCAACCUGAAGAACUAAGAAAAGCAAACUUGACAAAGGAACAUGUUGAAAUACUGACCACGGUUACCAAAUAAAAGAGUUGCAAAUUUGACAUUUCCAAAGAGAAAAUGGAAUUUUGACCAAAUGUGCUGAAAAUGACCAAAGUAAGACCAAAGUAAGAGAUGGAAUUUUGACCAAAAUUAUCAAUUGAAGAAUAGUAACAAUUAAAUUACAGAAAUAAUAAAUAAUAGGGCCAAUAUCAAAGAAUUAGAAAUAUCAAUUAGUUUACCAAAUGUUGGUAUAGAAACUAUAAUGAUGUCUGCUGUUGAGUGUGUUUUGAGUAAGAAAUAGGAAUUAAAAUGUUCUCCAAUAUUUCAAAAGUUCUUUACCUAAUCUUUGCCAUCAGUUGCUGGUCGUUAACUUGUAUUAAAAUUUAUCAAUUUAGAUGGUUUACUAUUUUUCUGAUAAACUUUACAAUUGGAAUUAUUACAACCAGAUUUCAGUUAGGAAUCUGCUUACCAUUACCAAUAAGGUUUUUGUAUGGUGAAAUUUGCCCUUUUUUUUUUAAUUUUAUUAUUAUUAUUUUCUUUUUUUUUUUCCUUCUUUCUUGAAAUUUUCUUCCGUUUCUCACCGAGUACAACCAGAUUUCAGUCAGAAGUCUGCUUACCAUUACCAAAAAUGUUUUUGUGUGGUGAAGUUUGUCCAUUUUUUUUAGUUUUAUAUUAUUAUUAUUAUUAUUACUAUUUUCUUCUUUCUUCAAAUUUUCUUCCGUUUCUCAACGGGUGUUUUCCGUACACCUAGGGCAGAGAAGCUCAUUGUAUGCAUUCCCAGUUUACACGUCCCAGUUAGGAGUCUGCUUACCAUUACCAAAAAUAUUUUUGUAUGGUGAAGUUUGUCAUUUUUUUUUAGUUUUAUUAUUAUUAUUAUUACUAUUUUCUUCUUUCUUCAAAUUUUCUUCCGUUUCUCAACGAGUGUUUUCCGUACACCUAGGGCAGAGAAGCUCAUUGUAUGCAUUCCCAGUUUACACGUCCAAACUCACAGAUAAAAUAUGUAUUUAAAAAAUACAUAUUUUACAGUAUACCUAGGACUCCAUUAUUUAAUGUCCUUAAUUGAAAAUACAAUGAGGAAAACAACACACAGUAGAAGCAGCAAUUAUAAUCUGCUGAUGAGGGGGGGUCUAUCUAAAAACUGGAACACAUAAAUAAUUGUUCUUUUUUAUUUGCAAAAAUCAGAUUUUUCCCAAAAGUAUGUAAAUUAAAUUUGAGAAAUAAAUGCCUUAUUUUUUAAAAUUAUCUUUGAGAGUUGCUAACAGAUGUAUGCAUAGCUGUGUGCUUAAGAAAUUUGCUUUGCAACUUUGUGGUUUUGGUUCAGUCUCUCUGUGCUGUACCUUGGGCAUAUGCUUUCUACUAUCAUCUCAUUUCAACCGAUA